AUAUGCAAAGCCACCAGCCGUCCGUGACGCUCUUCAUGUGCUCGUUUCGGUUAGUUUACGAUUUUUGUAUCCAUCAGCGUCUCAAUGCAAAUAAUCGGCCGGAGCGCGUGCGUUGAUGUUGUGUGACUGUCUGAGAUAAACUGCAGCGCGGACUUCAGCGUGUUACAUGAUUGUAGGUGCUGAAAUCAAACCUGCUGCGUAAAUCUACACGGAGAGACACGCUGUAUUGUGUCAUAUGGAGAAAACCAGAGGAGCUCUGCCAGGGAAAGGUAUCCAGUAGAAUAGGAUCCAUUGAAGACCACCCUGAUCAAAGGCACAUUCUUUAGUCUUGUAUGAAUGCGAGAGGAUGCGUAAGACUGUCGAAGGGUCUGAUCAAAGCGUGCACUGACCCGAGACGACAAUCAACAUCAGGUAUCCAUGAGGACGGAACAGGAAGGAGAUGGAAGCGGUCGUUCGUAGCGGUAUACCUUACACACUAUGGGUGUGGCGGAUUUCUGCGUAGAGAAUAAACCCUUGUGCUCACGUUCAGCCUCUCAGUCCUGUCCCGCUGUGAUCUGCCAUUCAAGCAUGGGGCGCAUUGUGGAUUUACCUUUGUGGCUCUUCAGUGCUGUGCUGCUCCUGUCCUUGUUCACGAGCAGCCUGGGCAUCCACAUGGAUUUGGUGGGCAGUCACAGCAUGUUCACCUGCGAGUCGAUCGGCCUGCGAAUGUGCCAGGACCUUCCCUACAACACCACCUUCAUGCCUAACCUUCUCAACCACUAUGACCAGCAGACGGCCGCUCUGGCGAUGGAGCCCUUCCACCCCAUGGUGAACCUGCAGUGCUCUCCAGACCUCAGGCCGUUCCUGUGUGCCCUGUAUGCCCCCGUGUGUAUGGAGUACGGACGGGUGUCUCUGCCGUGCCGGAGCCUGUGCACGCAUGCCAAAAGAGACUGCCAGAAACUCAUGGACAUGUUUGGAGUCACCUGGCCCGAGGAGAUGGAGUGCAGCAGGUUCCCAGAUUGUGACGAGUCUUACCCUCGUGCUGUGGAUCUACUCGUGAACGAGGGUCCCACUGACCAGUCGUCCAUGUCCGUUCAGCGUGAUUAUGGUUUCUGGUGUCCCCGUGAGCUCAAAGUGGAGCCCGAGCUCGGCUACACGUUUCUAGGUGUGCGCGACUGCUCUCCUCCCUGUCCCAACAUGUACUUUAGGCGUGAGGAGCUCACCUUCGCCCGCUACUUCAUUGGUGUCGUCUCCAUCGUCUGCCUCUCGGCCACGCUAUUCACUUUCCUCACCUUCCUCAUCGACGUCACGCGUUUCCGCUACCCGGAGCGUCCCAUCAUCUUCUAUGCCGUCUGCUACAUGAUGGUAUCGCUGGUGUUUUUCCUGGGAUUUCUGCUGGAGGAUCGCGUAGCGUGCAACGCGGCCAAUCCCAGCCAGUACAAAACAUCCACAGUGACUCAAGGCUCACAUAACAAGGCCUGCACGCUGCUUUUUAUGGUGUUGUACUUUUUUACCAUGGCUGGAAGCGUUUGGUGGGUCAUCCUUACCAUCACCUGGUUCUUGGCCGCUGUUCCCAAAUGGGGCAGCGAAGCCAUCGAGAAGAAGGCUUUGCUCUUCCACGCCAGCGCGUGGGGAAUACCUGGCAUGCUAACGAUAGCCCUGCUGGCUCUGAAUAAAAUCGAGGGUGAUAACAUCAGCGGCGUGUGUUUCGUGGGCCUGUACGACGUUCACACUCUUCGCUGGUUCGUUCUGGCGCCGCUGUGUCUGGACGUCCUGGUGGGAGUGUCGCUGCUGCUGGCUGGGAUCGUUGCACUCAACAGGGUCCGAAUGGAGAUUCCCCUGGAGAAGGAGAAUCAGGAUAAGCUGGUGAAGUUCAUGAUCCGGAUCGGCGUGUUCUCGGUGCUGUAUCUGGUGCCGCUGCUGACCGUGGUGGGGUGUUACCUGUAUGAACAGACGUACCGCUCCAUUUGGGAGACCACGUGGGUGCAGGAGCGCUGCCGAGACUACCACAUUCCCUGCCCUUUCCAGGUGGAGCAGACCAGCAGGCCUGACCUCGUCCUGUUCCUCAUGAAGUACCUGAUGGUGCUGGUGGUUGGGAUCCCGUCGGUGUUCUGGGUGGGCAGUAAGAAGACCUGUUUCGAGUGGGCCAGCUUCUUCCACGGCCGCAGGCGUAAAGACAGCGGCGCGGUGAACGAGAGCCGGCAGGUUCUGCAGGAGCCAGACUUUGCUCAGUCUCUGCUGCGAGAUCCGAACACUCCCAUCAUCCGUAAAUCCCGCGGGACGUCCACUCAGGGCACGUCCACCCACGCCUCCUCCACACACCUGGCCAUGCUGGACGACGUGCGGAGCAAAGCCAGCAGCGUCCACAGCAAGAUGAGCAGCUAUCACGGCAGCCUGCAUCGCUCCAGAGACGGCAGGUUCACCCCCUCCAGCCACAGAGGCAUGGAGGAACGCCCGGCAUAUGGGAGCAUGCCGCGACUCAACGAGCAGCUGUCCCAUCACGGCAGCCUCCACCACCUCGACAGCCAGUCCAGACACGGCAGCGCCCGAGACCUGAGCAACGAGCCGGCCGCCAGCAUCACGCACGGAUCCAGUAUGAACUGCGUGGCGGAGGACGACGGGACAAGUGCGUAACCCAGAGACCUAUUGGCAUGGGAUGAGUCCCUGUCCUGUAGCCGCUAACAGACAGACGUGUUUUUGGCAGCGGCAAGGGGAAUCAGAAACUCGAUGCAUGCGCGUUGACAGAGCCGUCCUUCUCUGAUACUGUGAACUUCUGCCGGAUGAAAUUUACUGCAUGCGCUGGACGGACCGCAGCUGUCCGAUGGGAGAUCUUUCCCAUUACAUCCAUCACUCAACCCGGUUUAAAGAGUUAAUGGAUCUUUGAUGCUUCAAGCCUGAUGACUGUCCCAUUAGAGAUCAGGUUUCAAACCCUUGAAAGCUGAAGGAUGGUUCAAAGAUUGAGAGGAUCGGUGGUUUUUGUGCCUCUGGGCAAGCUGGAUUUUGUUUCUAGUGGUAGUUUGGUUGAGAAGGCAUGGAGAAAUGACAUACCAGAAUCCUCACCAACACCUGAUGUGCUUUCGUUCAGCCACUUGACGGCUGCCUACCUCAUCACAUCGUCGGAUUACUUUGACCCGCAGUUCCUUCGCCUCACAGAGUUAAAAUGGGUUGCAAAUGUUGACUUUCAGAACAUCGUAUACGUCGAUGCUUUUCUGCCCGUGUGUACAGGAGUCUUAAGCUUUGUAAAUGGUGCUUCUUUCUAAUGUUGCUUCAUGAAUAUUUCAUACAAUGGUGUUUUAGUGCCACAGUAAAAAAAAAAAUAAAAAAAAAA